UUAUAGAUUUUCCUGACAAUAGCUAUAUAGACAGAAUAGCAGCAGCGCGUAGUUUGUGCUGAGUUGUGGCUGCCGCUUAUCAGCGGCUUAUCGCUUCUCCACGCCUUUCCCCGCACUCGCAGACAGUAUGUAAGCGGAGCUUCUCGUCCAUCCCUUGAUUGUUUUUUCUUUCUUUCUCUUUGUCGGCAGUCCACCUGUAGAUCCACUUUCAUCAUGUUACCCCCAUUUGAUUACUUCACAUAUCGUCGAGUCAGAGACUCCAAGCGAAAGGAACGGGCUUAUCGCUUCGCCUCUCUGCCUCCGGUCUACCACUCGGCCUUUACAGCGUUCGAUAAGAGUGUCAUCAACAAGCCCAUUGAGCUUCUGGUGCAAGAUGUCCAGGAUAGCGCCCUUUCUGCCACCGAUCUCCUUCACACCUACGGAAAAGUGGCGGUCAAAGCUCACGAGAAAACAAAUUGUGUAACAGAGCUGCUUCUGCCCGAGGCAGAGAAAUGGGCUCAGUCGGAGGUUAAUCUCAAGGGCCCGCUUGCUGGUAUCCCGGUUUCUUUGAAGGAUUCGGCCCUCGUCAAGGGGUUUGAUACGACUCUUGGGUAUACGAGCUUUGCGGGGAAGCCUGCCAAAGAGGAUGGUCCUAUGGUGAGGUUAUUGAAGGAUGCGGGUGCUGUCCCGUACGCGAAGACUGCGUUGCCGGUCACCUUGUUGUCGUUCGAAUCGGCCAGUGCUCUUUGGGGCCACUGUCUCAAUCCUCACGUCCCUCAGUACUCCCCCGGUGGUUCGACUGGUGGUGAGGCUGCUUUGCUGGCUCUGGGUGGUCGUAUCGGCAUUGGCUCUGAUGUGGCUGGCUCAGUCCGCGUUCCUGCCGCUUGGAGUGGUAUCUACUCGUUGCGGUGCAGCACUGGUCGCUGGCCCAAGGUCGGAGUUAGUACUAGUAUGGCUGGACAGGAGGGAGUUGCAAGUGUUUUCAGUCCUAUGGCGCGUACACUCAAUGAUCUUACAUACUUCACCAAGGCCAUUAUUGGUAUGCAGCCGUGGAAGUAUGAUUAUACCGUUCACCCAAUUUCCUGGAGGGAGGAAGAUGAACACGAAGCCGUGUCCAGCAAGCUGCGAAUUGGUCUGAUGUCGAAUGAUGGAGUCAUCCCACCCACACCCGCCAUUGAGCGCGCCGUUUCCACCACAGUCGCUGCCCUCACCGCAGCCGGACAUACCGUGUCUGAAAUCACUCCCCCAGAAACCGCCGACCCAUUCGCCGGUCUCCAUUUGGCAUCCCAGCUCCUCAAUUCCGACGGCUGCAUCACCAUCAACUCCCACCGCUACAGCUUCGAGCCUUCCGACCCCGGCGCCGACCAACUUACCCGCAUUACCAACCUCUCCCGCCCCAUUCGAUACCUAUACUACCUCUACGUCCGGUACAUCAAACGCGACUACAAAUGGGCAUCUUUGAUCCGUGAUCUCAGUCACAAGUCCAGCGCCGAUCAAUGGAAGCUCGUAGCCAAGCGCGAGUCGUUCCGCGCAACCUGGCAUGAAUGGUGGGACGCGGAGGCCCAGCAGUACGAUUUCAUCUUGUGUCCUGCCAACGCUACGCCUGCUCUGCCUCACAAGGCGAUGCACGAUGCCGUUUCUUCGUGUGGAUACACAUUCCUGUGGAAUCUGCUCGAUUACUCGGCGGGUGUUUUGCCUGUUUCGCACGUAGACGCCGUCAAGGAUGCUCUCGUGGCACCCUACAAGACUGUCUUGAAGCAAUUGGGUUACAACCAUGCUCUUGCGCGUGGCGCGUGGAUGCACUAUGAUGCAUCGAAGAUGGCAGGUCUUCCCACUGCUGUUCAAGUGGUCGGAAGACGAUGGCAGGAGGAGAAAGUGCUCGGAUACAUGUCUGCGGUGGAGAAGGCGUUGGAUGAGUACGCAGAGGGUGGGAGGUACAGCUUGAUCGAGCUUGAUUAGUCAUGUUAAUACCCUUGCAUCUCUUAAUAUACACAUACUCAGUGAAUAUACUUUGUACUCCAUACUCCGUCCUACCCUCCCUUGCAAGA